AUGUUAGCGGUCGGGCAGAUGGAUGGGAGCCGGCAGAGCGCUUUCGUGUUGAGCAGCCCACCCCUGGCGGCUCUGCACAGCAUGACCGAGAUGAAGAACCCCCUGUACCCCUAUUCCCUGGCGGCGGGGCUCAGCGGCGCUGGGGGUCCCUGCUCCUCCUCCUCCUCCUCCUCCUCCUCGUCCAACUCCAGCCCACACGGGAUCAGCACCGGCGCCUCUCCCAACGCCACAGGACUCAAGUGCACCUCCGGUCUGUCCGCCCCGACCUGCCACCCGCUCUCCUCCUCCGCCACCCCGCACGGCAUCAACGACAUCCUGAACCGGCCGCUGAUGAUAAUCGGCGGGGGAGGUGGUGGGGUCGCCGGGGGGGGAGGAGGGGUGGCCUCUGGCUUGCUCUCCGGGAUCCCCCGGUUCAACACCAGCCUCAGCCCCCCGCCCCCGGGGAUGUACUUCAGUCCCAGCGCGGCGGCGGCGGCGGCGGCAGCGGCGGCGGCCGUGGCCCGUUACCCCAAACCGCUGGCCGAUCUGCCCGGGAGGACCCCCAUCUUCUGGCCGGGAGUCAUGCAGAGCCCCCCGUGGAGGGACGCCAGGCUGGGCUGCUCACCGCAUCACGGGGCGGUACUAAUUGAUAAAGACGGGAAGAGGAAACAUACCAGACCCACGUUCUCCGGACAACAGAUUUUCGCCCUGGAAAAGACCUUUGAGCAAACUAAAUAUUUAGCCGGACCUGAAAGGGCAAGGCUGGCAUAUUCACUGGGGAUGACCGAGAGUCAAGUCAAGGUCUGGUUCCAGAACAGAAGGACGAAAUGGAGGAAGAAACACGCGGCUGAAAUGGCAACAGCCAAGAAGAAACAGGACUCUGAGACAGAGAGGCUGAAAGGCACGUCGGAAAACGAAGAGGAGGACGAUGAGUACAACAAGCCUUUGGAUCCCAAUUCGGACGACGAGAAGAUCACCCAAUUACUGAAGAAACACAAACCCACCGCUUUGCAAGUCCACACAAGUGAAAACGAAAGCUCCUAAAGCAGAGGUCGAGGACUCGUUGGUAACCUUCCCA